AUGUUACUGCAUGGCAAGGAGCUGUUUUGGGUUCCUGGUAUACUUCUGCAAGCGGAGGAUAGAGCCCAUCGCCUGGGCCAGGCGAACAUGGUGGAUGUUCACUACUUGGUGGCGCCUGGAACGGUCGACGAGCGGAUGUUUGCCGCCGUCGAGCGCCGCGCGCGCGACGCAGAUGCGGCGGUGGAUGGCGCUGCAGCGAAGCCAUCUAGAGGAGAAGGCAUCCUCGGCGCAACAGUGGUGGAGAAGGAUGUCGCCGUUGAGGAGGUGGCCAAAGGAGCCAAACGCAAGCAGCCAGCCGCCGACGAUGACGAUCUCGAGCUGGUUGGCGCAAAGCGCACCACUCGACCCUUCAU